AUGAAGAGCCUGAAGGCCAGGUUCAAGAAGGCAGAUCCCCGGCCCCCGCCCGGGCGGCGAUGCCGGAGCGCUUCGGGCUCGGGGGUGCCCGUGCUGGCCGGGGCGGGGGGCGAGGGGCGCAUGGCGUCCUCCCGCCGCCUCCUGCUCAGCACCAUGAAGCAGAUCUGCCUUUGUGCCGCCGCCUCCUUCGCGAGCCAGGACUGGACCAAGAACGACGAGAAGCUGCUGCAGGCCGUGGACUACAACGAUGCCGGGCGGGUCUCGUCACUCCUGCUCCGCAAGGGCCUGGUGCCCACCAAGCUGGACUCGGAGGGCAAAUCUGCGUUCCACCUGGCCGCCACACGGGGCAAUGUGGACUGCCUGGAAGCAAUGCUGGCCCACGGAGUGGAUGCCAUGACCAAGGACAGCUCGGGUUACACUGCCCUGCACUUGGCCUCCAAGCACGGCCACCCUCAGUGUGUCAGCAAACUGCUGCAGGCCUCCUGCCCCGUGGACGUGGCCGAUGGCAGCGGCCGGACCGCGCUGCACCUGGCAGCUGCCAGCGGCUGCAUCUCCUGCUCCGAGAUCCUCUGUGACUUCAAAGCUCCCUUGAACAGCAAGGACAAGGACGGCUCCACGCCGCUGAUCCUGGCUGCCAAGAUGAGCCACCCGGAGCUGUGCCGGUACCUCCUGCACCGCGGGGCCGCCGUCAACUGCCGGGACCUGCAGGGCAGGACAGCGCUGAUGCUGGCCUGCGAGAGCGGCAGCGUGGACACCGUGGAGGUGCUGGUCAGCGCCGGUGCCCGAGUGGCCGUGGUGGACGCCACCGGCCACGAUGCUGCUCACUACGGGCUGGCCACGGGCAACGCUCUCAUCCAGCACCUCCUGCAGGAGGCGGCCCAGCGCCGCUCCUGGGCCAGUGAAGAGGAGUCAACCGAGCAGACGUCGCAGACGUCUUCACCCAGCCAGUCGUCCGUCAGGGAGAAGAGCAGCACCCCGAGGAAGAGGAAGGCUCCUCUGCCUCCCCUGGGCACCCCCAGCCAGGAGGACAGGGACGCCUACGAGGAGAUCGUGCGGCUGCGGCAGGAGAGGGCCCAGUUCCUGCAGAAGAUCCGGGGCCUGGAGCAGCAGGAGAAGCAGAGACGGGAGCGGGCGGAGCUGGAUGAGGCCUCCCUGCGCUCCAUGGAGAAGCAGAUCCAGGAGCUGGAGGAGCGGCUGGUGGCACGGGACGGGGAGAAGGAGAAGCUGGGCAAGGAGGUGGAGGCUCUGAGGAGCCGCCUGUCCUCGAUGGAGAAUGAGAAGGAGAACACGAGCUACGACAUCGAGACACUGCAGGACGAGGAGGGAGAACCACUUGAGUUCCCAGGUAUCUUGCCAGCCUCCCAAUGACACCUCAGGGAGGUAGCACAGGGGAGUGAGGGCACAGGUGGGCACAGCCCCAGGUCCCUGUGCCCUGCAGGAGCAGAGAUGCUGCUCUCCAAGAAGACCCUGAGCCCCUCGGCCGAGGAGCUGCUGGCCACGCUCCAGGGGCAGGUGCAGUCCCUGACUGUGCAGAACAAGGAGCUGAGGGAGAAAAUCCAGGUGCUGGAGAACUACGAGCGGGACGAGAGCAGCCCCCCUGGCUCCGGGGACGUGGUGCCCGCCAGUCUGUACCAGGCCCUGCAGCGGGAGCUGGAGCGGCUGCGGGCGCAGGGCAGGGACGGGCAGCGCGGGGCCUCGGAGCCCAGCCCGGAGGGAACCGCGGGGCCACGUCCUGCCCAGGAGCCCGCCUGGGCCUGGGGCGAGUGCAGGGCAGCACUGGGCGAGCUGGGGGUGCAGACAUCCCCCUCCUCCUCACCCUCCGGCCAGCGGGAGCCGAGCGCGGAGCUGGUGGAGGCACGGGCGGCCCUGAAGCGGGCACAGAGCGAGCUGGAGGAGCGGGAGCGGCGGCUGAAGGAGCUGCAGGCCCGGCUGGAGGCUGCGGAGGCCUCGCCGGGCGCGUCUGCGGAGGAAGCGUCGCGGGAGAAGGAAGCGCUGCUGGAGCGCUGCGGGCGCGCCGAGGCCGAGGCGCAGACGCUGCGGCGGGAGCUGGAGGCGAGGCCGCGGGACACGGCGGAGCUGGCGGAGCUCCGGGCAGCGCUGGAGCGCAGGGAGGCCGAGCUGGGCGCGCUGCGGGAGCGGCUGCGGCAGCACGAGGAGGAGGCCCCGGCGUGGCCGCAGCGGGCGCAGGCCGAGGGCUGGGUGCCCCGGGACGAGCACGCCGGCGCCACGGCCGCGCUGCAGGAGCAGGCGAGGGCCCUGCGGGAGCGCCUGGCGGAGCUGGAGGCCGCGGCCGACGCCAAGGCCCGCGAGGCCGCCCGGCUGCGGGCAGAGCUGGCCGAGGCCGUGCCGCGGGCGCAGCACGAGGCGGCCGAGGCCGGGCUGCGGGCGGAGGCGGCGGCGCUGGCGCAGCGGCUGCAGGAGCUGGAGCGGCGGCACGAGAAGACGUGCGAGGAGGUUUUCCGCGUGCAGAGGCAGGCGCUGUUCAUGAAGAGCGAGCGGCAGGCGGCCGAGGACAGGCUGGGCGCGGCGCAGAAGCAGCUGGAGCAGGCCCAGGACGAGGCGCGGCGGCUGCGGGAGCUGCACGGCCACGCCGAGGACGCGGCACGGAUGGUCAGGGACAGGGACAGGAAGAUCACGGAGCUCUCCAAGGAGGUUUUCAGGCUGAAGGAAGCCCUGAAUGCCCUCCCCGAGUCAGGGGGGCCGCCACAAUCCCCGCCCAACACGGCUGCGCUCCAGGCCCGGGUGCAGGCGCUGGAGGAGAAGCUGGAGGAGACAGAGACGAGGCACAGCAAGGUGGUGACGCUGUACCGGAGCCACCUGCUCUAUGCCGUGCAGGGCCACAUGGACGAGGACGUGCAGAGACUCCUGUGCCAGAUCCUGAGGAUGCAGCGGCUGCAGGAGCAGGGCAGAUGA